AGGAUCGUGCCGGCUGUUUUUCAUGGAGAAAGUCCAGGGAGAAAUGGAGAUUGAGAGAUGGGAAAGAAGUGAAGAGAUUUCAGACGCAGAAAAAAAGGUUAUUCAAGAGACAUGGAGCAGAGUAUAUGCAAACUGCGAGGACGUUGGGGUCUCCAUACUCAUCAGGUUUUUUGUCAACUUCCCGUCGGCAAAGCAGUACUUCAGCCAGUUCAAGCACAUGGAGGACCCGCUGGAGAUGGAGAGGAGCUUGCAACUGCGUAAGCACGCUCGGCGGGUCAUGGGUGCCAUUAACACUGUGGUGGAGAACCUCAACGACUCCGAAAAGGUCUCCUCUGUUCUGGCCCUGGUGGGCAAGGCCCACGCCCUCAAGCACAAAGUGGAGCCCAUCUACUUUAAGAAACUCACUGGUGUCAUGCUGGAGGUCAUUGCUGAGGAAUACGCCAACGACUUCACCCCGGAGGCACACGGCGCUUGGACCAAGAUGAAGACCCUCAUCUACACCCACGUGACGGCGGCGUACAAGGAGGUGGGCUGGGCGCAGUACCCCACCGCCACCCUGUGAGCGGCCAGCGGGGCCGGGCGAGGGGCAGGGAGGGCUUCGCUCCCCCCAGGACUUCACUCUGGUAUCUUCUCAAGAUCUUCGCUCAGUCUGGGGAGCCCGGUAGGGCCAGCUCUGUUAGCUGCCAAGUCACAAUUUGAUCUCCAUGGGGUUUAAAAACAAAGUAAAUAAGC